CCGUCGGGGCCCCGCCGGAGCGUGGGGUUCACGUGCUGAAAAUUCGGGUGGUGGUCAGCUUUGUCACCAGCUUUAUUAAGGGAAAAAAAUUGAAAGUAGAGUGUGUCAGAGGACAGAGCAAGAGAACGUGCACUAUUUGAAGCAGAUCUGGAUCCACUCAAUCACCCGCACAUACACACCCACCACCCACAAACGCUCUCGAUAAGUUCAGAGGGAAGAGAGAAACUCAAGCUCUCAAAGCUGAGAGCUUUGCACUUCAGUAUCCACCCACAAAGCCAAAACGCAGCGUAGUAGUAGCAGCAGGAGGAGAAGCAAUUGAUGAUGAUGGGUUUUGUGCAGCUGCUGCUGCUGCUGCAACCACUGCAAGCAGCCUAGAAAGAAGGCGGUGGUCUGGCUUUUUCUGAACAAGUGAGUCUGUGAAUGCCCAUCUUGGUAAGAGGAGAGAGACGAUGAAUGGGGCUGGUCACCACUGAUCCCAUCGUCAGAAGAGAGAACCCAGCACCAGAUUUCAUGGGCAAAAGCCGUACUGUCAAGCACAGAUAGAUAGAUUGUUAGUCUUCGAUUUGAAUUUGGAAACAAGGUAGAGAGAGAGAAAGAAAGAAAGAAAGCAAACAAGGACAGAUAUAGAGAGAGAAAGAGAACGAGAGAGAGAAAAAGAACCACAAUCACAACCCCCACUCACUGAAAUCACAAAAGGGUUUUUCUCAGAUAAGUCUGUUUUGGAGGGUUGGAGUGGAGUCUACUGCUACUACCAACCCCCAUGGACGCUUAUGAAGCUACCAGGAUUGUCUUCUCCAGGAUCCAGAACUUGGACCCUGAAAAUGCCUCCAAAAUCAUGGGUCUCUUGCUGAUUCAAGAUCACGGUGAGAAGGAAAUGAUUCGCUUGGCGUUUGGCCCCGAAGCUCUGGUUCACUCCGUUAUUCUCAAGGCUAGGAAGGAGCUUGGGAUCUCAUCUAACACUCCUUCUACGCCUUCGACGCCCUCCUCUCCUUCUCCCUUUCUCUCUAACAACCCACUUUCUCAGUCCAGGCAAACGUCUUUCUCUUCUACCUCUUCGCGUCUUCUUGGUGCCGGAGGCCUAAAUCUUCCGUCUCCACUAGCAAUCCCGAACCCUUCGUCUUCAGCUUCCUCUUUUUCCGUUUUCAGCGAUUUUCAGCCUCAAGAUGAUUUGAUAAGUCCCAAUUCUGGUGCUAUUCCAUACACGAAUAGCAACGGAAUUAAUGGAGUAGCGGUUGGGUCGUCGUCUUCUGCCAUGAAUUCUUCUUCUUCUCCGUUCUAUGGAGGCAACGAUUUGAUAGAUGAGUUUCAGCUUCAGGACCAGCUCUCGUUUUUGAACGAUGGGUCACCGACUCUGGGCCCGAAGAACCCAGAUUUAUUCUACUCGCAGCAGGAGUUGGCUUCGAGCCCUGGCGGAGGAAGCGGCGGCGACGCCAUGGGUUUUCCUUCGUACGGAUGGGGAGCGGCAGCAAACGGCCUUCCCCACAGACGUAGUUGCAGCGUGAGCGACAUUUGCUUGGCCUCCGACGACCCGGCUUCUGGGUUUGGGUGGAAGCCGUGCCUCUACUUCGCUAGAGGCUACUGCAAGAACGGCACCAGUUGUAGGUUCCUUCACGGCGGCGACUCCGCCUCCGUAGUGGGUUCGGAGGGCGCAGCCAUGGUGGGGUCCCCCAGCAAAAUUGAGAUGAUGGAGCAGUGCCAUGAGCUACUCAGAUCCAAGUCUGCUCAGCAGCAAAGGUUGGCUGCUGCCUCUCAGAUCAUGGCUUCAGCUUCUUUUCCUUACUCAGCUAAAUGCAUGAACUUUCUUCUGCAGCAGCAGCAGACCGAUUCUCAGAGGGCUGCCGCAGCACUGAUGAUGGGCGAUGAUAUGCACAAGUUCGGGCGAUCUCGGCUCGAGAGGGGCGAAUUCAUGAAUGGUGGAGCGGGAAUGGUGAACCCGGGUUCGAGGCAGAUCUACUUGACUUUCCCAGCUGAUAGUACUUUUAGAGAGGAAGACGUGUCCAAUUACUUCAGCAUGUACGGUCCAGUUCAAGAUGUGAGGAUCCCAUAUCAGCAGAAGAGGAUGUUCGGGUUUGUAACCUUCGUUUAUCCAGAGACAGUGAAGCUCAUUUUGGCUAAAGGGAACCCUCAUUUUGUUUGUGAUGCUCGGGUUCUGGUUAAGCCCUAUAAGGAGAAGGGCAAAGUCCCGGACAAGUACAGGAAGCAGCAGCAACAGCAGCAGCAGGUGGAGAGAGGGGAGUUCUCAGCAUGUAGUACUCCUACUGGACUAGAUUCAAGAGACCCAUAUGAUCUCCAGCUGGGAGCUAGGAUGUUCUACAAUACUCAGGACAUGUUGUGGAGGAGGAAAUUGGAGGAGCAAGCUGAUUUGCAGCAAGCACUUGAGCUCCAAGGUCGAAGACUCAUGGGCCUGCAACUUCUUGAUGUGAAGAAGCAACAGCACCACCGUGCUCUUUCCACCGGGGCCCCCAUCCCCUCUCCUACCCACUCACCCAGCUUCUUCAAUCAGCCACUCAUUCUUCCUUCAGAUCGCAGCAGUCCAGAAGCUCCGGAAGAGAACUGUUCUAGCCCAGCAACUGCCAUUCCCGUGAAUGCUGUUGCUGCUGAGCAGCAGCAGCAGACAGUGACUACUGCUGCAGAGAAAGAGUUUACAGGAAUUGAUGAAAAUGGCAAUGGCAAUGGCAGUGGCAAGGAGAGCUCCCAUAAUGAAGACAGUGAUUUGCCAGAAAGCUUGGAGCACAACCUCCCCGAUAGUCCCUUUGCAUCUCCGACCAAAGGUGCCGGAGAAUACCUAUCUACCUUCUCCAAUGCCUCCAGCGAGGUUGAGAAGAACACCACCGUCUCAGGUUCUCCCGCUGUUAACGGUAACUUGAUCACCUCAUCUUUGCUUCCGGCCACUUCUACGCUUGACAUGGCUUCCUUCAAAUCGUGUUACUUCCAAAUGCCCAGGUUCUCCUCUGGUCAUGGGGCCAUUGGAAUGUAGGUUGGAUGCAGCGGGCCAAGGUGCUCGCUUGUGAUUAGCUUCCUAAGCUCAGGAAGAUUGAGAAGUAUAACCAAACGGAUCCCACAUCAGACACGGUCUGUAGAGAAUCACCAUCACCACCGCCCGACACCACCACCACCACCGCCAUUAUCAUCAAUACUAUACUACUUACUACCAUACAAAUGCAUACGUAAAAGGCAGUAAAGGAAGUGGGUCAGCCAUUUCUCUCUUUGUUGUACUAUUUCUAUCUCUCUCAUUUCUGUAGUAGAAGUUGGACCACAGGAAACAGAAACACAGAAAAUCAUAACAGUCAAUGUGUAGUAGUAACUCUUUGGGACUGUAAUUUCUCCCCCUUCCCUUUCACCAUUCAUGGCUUGCCCAUGAUAAAAGAAGAUACAAAAACCCACAUGUAGUCAUGUUAGUACGUGUUAUUAGGAGUAUCAAAAAAUCUUUGUACAGAAGAGAAGCAGAAGCAGAUGAUGAAGAAGAGGCAAAAGAGGUGAAAGGAAGUAUAACUACAAGACUGAUUUGAUACCCAUAAAGAGGAAUUGAAGUAAAAGGCCUGAAGGGAAGGGUGUGAAGGUAAGAGAGUCACAGCUCAGUUUCAGUGCAAAAAAAAUGGGAUUUUCUUCCAUUGUUAGUUGCUGUUUAUUGUUGGUGUUAUACACAGUAUCAACUAUUAGAAUUAUCAGACAGAAAGAUGGAAAAAAAAAAAAGGUUAAAAGAAAGCAAAAAAAAAAGAGUUUUUUUUUCCUUUUCUUUUUUUUUUUAAUCUGAUUUAUAGCUCUCUCGCUCGCUCUCCGACGAUGCCUUUAAUUUUAGAAGAAUUUGUCUCCUUGUUGCAGUUUUUUUUUCUCUUUUAUUGCCCUUGUAUCAUUUGUGGGGUCUCCCUCUCUUUCUUUUCUGCCUUUCAUGGAGGGGAAAGCAGAAGGGCCACAAUCACACACACACUGUCACAUGGGUGCUGACACUGCAUAUGGGUCCUCCAUAUUUAUCUAUUGCCAGGUUGUGUGGGCUCAAUCCACCAACACCCAUGUGAGUGAUGCCACUUUCUUCAUCUUCAA